UGUCUGAGGAUAAAUGCGGUUCAGUUUCAUUGCUUAGUUUAAACAAUAAAAUAUUAAAAUCAUUAAAAACCCCCCCUAAAACAUCGGGUUCGAUGCUUCUUGGUCUAAAUAACGCAAACUUUGACGCAAAGUUAAUUUUUAUACAUGCCGACUUGUGCGUAAAAUAUGGCGCCGCACAUAUUUUGUGCGCACGCACGCUUUAUGCACGAGGACUCUGGUCUUAAUUUGAGCGACUUCUUUUGUUGUUCUCUGCUUUUCACUGUGAAAUGUUCACACCAGAUUAGGCUCAAAAGUUCUGAGAAGAAAUUCUCACACAAUAAACAAAACAACAAUAAAUAAUUUACAGACUUUGUCUACCAUUAAUGUGACAUUUAUCCUAUGCAGUUCACCUGAACAAGUAAUGGGGGAUGCAGUACAAAAAUGAAAAAAAGGGCAAUAACCCAGUUGCACAAAUGUACUCACUUUGCUGAAACAGCUUUUAGAAGCAAUUUCAGCAUCCAUUCUUCCUUGUUAGGAGCCUAUCAGCAUGUGUGUACCAUGUAAAAGCUUUUUCUUUUUUUUCUUUUUUUUAAAUCUACAGAUGUCCAAAGUCCUCUUCAUGUGUUUCAACAGAUUUUUUUUUUUUUUUGUCUCUUGGUUAAUUCAAAACAUCAGUGAAAUUUUAAAACAUUAGGGUUAAAUAUCUCCUACUGUGAGUGAAAACAGUGUUUCCCCACUAUGACACCAGAUUGGCCCUCCAAGUAAUAUCUCAGAUGAUUGAUAUGUAAUGACACCGGGUCAUUCCUAUACAGUCGGUGUUAAUAUGCAGCGCACAUUUUUGCAAUGCACCAAAUGGGGGAAGAAGAAAAACAACGACAAAUGUGAAGGAUGUGGAGAAAAGGAAUACAUAUUACAUAUUGUUAUUAUCUUAUCUCUUAGGUCCACAUGAGGUACCACCACACCCCUCCCCAGUCAGUGUUUCAUGUUUUAUCUGUUAUAUUAAAAUUCAAUUCAAAAAUCUUUUAUUUAUCCCAAAGGGAAAUUAAAUGUUAUUGUAAUUAAUUUAACUACUGUUCUCGAACAAAUAUGACCUCAGUAAAUCACCUUAUUUAGUAUUUAUUUGAUCAAAAAUAGCCGGCAUGUGUCUUUGUGGCAGUAAUCUCACGCUGAAAUUCCAUCCAAAUGUCUUUCAGGAGCUUCCGUACUUUCGGCUGUUGGGCAGUUGUUGCUAGGCAACCCGGAUUUAGCCACAACAAUGGCGGACAAAAGUUGUAAGAAAAAGGCAAACGCCGUCAUUUCGCAGACCAAGAAGCGUCCAUCAUCCAGUACUGCUGAGAGCUUCAAGAAGGUGGAAGCUAAACCAAAGGAAAGAUGUAACUCGAGUCCAACAAAAAAACAUAUUGAUGACAUUUUUGCCAAGGAGGAGCAGUACAAGCUGUUAAAUGCUGAGCUUGAAGCCAAAACAUCAGAGCUGGUGAGACAAGCAGAGCAACUCAUGAGAGAGCAAAGUGAAGUUCUGUCACAUCCUCUCUCCGAUGAAGUCGCCUUGGAAACGGAGGAUGGAGAUGGUUUCAGAAACUCAAAAUCUCAACCAAAAGCUGUACAGGAUCCUGGAAUGAAGGUGAGCAAAAAAACGGUCACAUCAGCAACACAGAGUAAGCAUGCUGGGAAACAAGGAAAGAAGCCACAAUGUAAAACAGCCACAUCAAAGGACUCUCAUGAUGCUGAAGCCCUAUUGGAUGAAACUGAUCUGUUCUUAGCAAAGACUAUUCUGGGCCUGGAGGAGAUGGAGUCUGUUCAGAACAACGUAGUAGACAAUGCUGAAGAUCACGGAGGAUCAGCCGUUUCUGAUGUUCAAACACGAGUGUUGAAGGCAAAGCUUCGAAUUAUGCAAGAAGAGAUCGACAUGCUUUCUUGUGAUUAUCAUAAGAAGGAAGACGAAAAUUCAAAGCUGGCUGCAAAAAUUAAAGAGCUUGAGGAGGACAGAGUCCGGCUGCAGAGGACCAUCAACAUCCAGCAAACACAGACUGAGAAGCAGAAAGCCUUAGCUGAAGAGUCGGCCAGAAAAUGUGACGAUCUCCAGCUGCAAGUGUCUGCGUUAUGCAAGGAAGUAGAAAUUCUGACUAGAUCCAAAAAGCAAGCGGCGCUUAUCCACAGCACCGCGGAGGUUCGUCUAAACAGAGCUGUGGAGGAGGUGGAGAGGUUGAAGUCUCAGCUCGCUAAGACAAAACAAAUAAACAAGGACAAAAUCAGUGAAGAACAACAAAGUAAAGAAAAUCUUUUGGCUGAAAACCAGGUUCUUAAGAAGCAGAAAACUGAACUUAUUGCUGGUUUCAAGAAACAACUGAAGUUGAUCGACAUUCUCAAAAGACAAAAGAUGCACUUUGAAGCUGCAAAGCUGCUGUCCUUCGCAGAAGAGGAAUUCAUGAAAGCUCUGGACUGGGGGAAGCCAUGAACAUGGAGAUAUACACAAUUUAUUUAAUUAUUUUUAUGUUUCUUUUUUUCUUUUAAGAAAAACACUUCAACAGGCUCCUUUUAGAGAUGGUUCUAUGUUUUGUAUUGUGAACUGUUUAGAUUUGAUUAGUUCACUGUAAAUUGUUUCCUCUUAAGAUGUCUUUUAUGAAUUUAAUAAAUGUUAACAGUCUAAAUAAAAACGAAAUAAACUUAAAAAAA